AUGGAGAAGGAGCUGGUGGAGGUGUUUGAGGAGGUGAUGAAGGCGGCGGAACCCACGAAAUCGUGUGACGGAGACGCCGAGGAAAGCAAUUCCUUGAGCCUUGGCCCGGUUAGGGAUUACAUUGUUUAUUUUCAUUUCAUGGAUACUCUCGGCUUGAAGAGUAAUUGCUUCUUUGAAUCCUCUUGUAGCUGGAGGAUAGAUAUGGGUCUCGAACUAACCUGUCAUGUACAAGCCAAAGUAAAUUUCUGUACUAAAUAUUGGUUUUCAUAUAGAUAUUUAUCUUUGAGGUUGGGUCCUGUCUCACAUUUAUGUACUGAUAGAAGCUUCGCCAGUGAAACGGAAGAUAUUGGUUCGAGUAAUUCUCAAGAGGGUGGAAAGUUCAACGAUUAUUCACCAUCUAUAAGUAAGGAGUUCUGUUUCUUUCCUACUAAGACUGCUUAUGAUCCCUCUGAGUCCACUUCAAGCAUGUGGAAUUCAGAGGGUGAAGAUCGGAGUUUGGAGCCAACUUUAAAGAAGCGCAAAGCAACUUUUAGAAACAAUGAAGAGGAUGGGCAAUUUUUCUGCCAGCCACCUGGCCAGCCCAACAAGUUUCCUGGUCGAUUUACAGGGCCAGAAUGGUUUAGGGUUUAUAGUGUGUGUACACUGCACACAAUGGUUGUGGGGAAGACAGGCUGAGUUGGAUCUGGGAUGUAUAUUAUCUCGUUGUGGUGUUUGGUGUAAGUGGAAUGACUAGUCCAUAGGAGAAAGUACCUGAAGUUUGCAUUUUCUGUUUGUUGAUUUCACAUGUGGGACUGUUGAAAAACAUACCGAGUGACCAAGAAAAGAUACUGAGUGGGGCAUUGUUGUGACCUCUUCAAAAAAUUAGUACACUUUGAUGUAUAUGAUCAUUUAUUGUCACGAUAAAUUUCAGCUAUUUCUUCUGUUUGCAGUAUUAAGUAUACAUAUUUUCUUGGUCUGGGUUCCAUCAAUGUCUUUUGGAAACUUUUGCAAUGAUAGUUGUUCUCAGAUUUACUUACGUUAAACUAUUUCUUGAAUUGGAAGCGCA